AUGAAGAGAAGCCUCAAAUCACUGCAUCGAUUAUUUGAACAGAAGAAAGACGAACCUGGUGAGAAUAGGAGUCAAGAGCCCCAAUACAAUCAUCUGAGAAGGAGAAGCAGUGUAACCUUUGUCGAUGCGUGGAACCGAAGCGGUGUUCAGGUGGUGAACGGAAAAGUGGAUGACAACGACAAUGACAAUGGCUAUGUCAUUUCCAAUGACUCAGCCAUCUUCAAAGUUUCUGUGGUAGAUAAUGAGCUCAAGGUAGUGACGACGUAUACAAAUAUGACAGCAGAGGAGGUUAUGCCAGUGCAUGCCAUGACUGAGAAGAUGAACGAAGACUUGUUCCCUCCACUUCCUCCUCUCGAUCUUAUGAAAUAUUACCGGGAAAAAAUCCAAGAACAGAAAAUUUAA